AUAUUGUUUAAAACCUCGACAACUUUAGAGAUCAUACAUAUAUUUGAUGGGGAAUUGGCAUUCCAGUUGCAAGAUGGAGAAAGACCGGCCAGGAAUGGCGAAAUCGCGUGCGAAUUUGGACAGGCAGCUCGCUCUCCUCGCUUCAGAUCGAAACAAAGCGGAAAGCAGACACAAAAUGAAGCAGCUCGAUGGGGCAUCGUCGGACGAUAUCAAUCAAGGGCACGAAGUUUCAGAGGAUGAUCUUGAUCUCAAUGACAUUGAACAGGCCGAUCAGGAAUCAUUGGAGGCUCUCAAUCAGCAGCCUGAAGAUGCACCAGAUGAACCAGAAAGCGGAGACAUUGAGCAGGCCGAUCAGGCAUCACUGGGGGCUCUCAAUGAGGGGCCCGAAGAUGCACCAGAAGGACCACAAGUUGGAGACAUUGAGCAGGCCGAUCUGCCAUCAUUCGAGGCUCUCAAUCAGGGGCCCGAAGAUGCACCAGAUGAACCAGAAAGCGGAGACGUUGAACAGGCCAAUCAGGCAUCAUUGGAGGCUCUCAAUCAGAAACCUGAAGAUGCAGCAGAAGGACCACAAAUGGGACACAUUGAACAGGCCAAUCAGGCAACUAUGGGGGCUCUCAAUCAGGAGCUUGAAGAUGCACCAGAAGAACCACAAGUAGGAGGCAUUGAGCAGGUUGAUCAGCCAUCAUUGGGGGCUCUCAAUCAGGGGCCCGAAGACGCACCAGAAGGACUACAAAUUGGAGGCAUUGAGCAGGCCGAUAUGCCAUCAUUCGAGGCUCUCAAUCAGGGGCCCGAAGAUGCACCAGAAGAACCACAAAUUGGAGACAUUGAGCAGGUUGAUCAGCCAUCAUUGGAGGCUCCCAAUCAGGAGCCUGAAGAUGCACAAGAUGAACCACAAAUUGGAGACAUUGAGCAGGCCGAUCAGCCAUCAUUGGAGGCUCUCAAUCAGAAACCUGAAGAUGCAGCAGAAGGACCACAAAUGGGACACAUUGAACAGGCCAAUCAGGCAACUAUGGGGGCUCUCAAUCAGGAGCUUGAAGAUGCACCAGAAGAACCACAAGUAGGAGGCAUUGAGCAGGUUGAUCAGCCAUCAUUGGGGGCUCUCAAUCAGGGGCCCGAAGACGCACCAGAAGGACUACAAAUUGGAGGCAUUGAGCAGGCCGAUAUGCCAUCAUUCGAGGCUCUCAAUCAGGGGCCCGAAGAUGCACCAGAAGAACCACAAAUUGGAGACAUUGAGCAGGUUGAUCAGCCAUCAUGGGAGGCUCCCAAUCAGGAGCCUGAAGAUGCACCAGAUGAACCACAAAUUGGAGACAUUGAGCAGGCCGAUCAGGCAUCAUUGGGGGCUCUCAAUCAGGGGCCCGAAGAUGCAACAGAAGAACGACAAGUUGGAGACAUUGAGCAGGCCGAUCAGCCAUCAUUGGAGGCUCUCAAUCAGGAGCCUGAAGAUGCACCAGAAGGACCACAAAUGGGACACAUUGAACAGGCCAAUCAGGCACCACUGGAGGCUCUCAAUCAGGGGCCCGAAGAUGCACCAGAAGAACCACAAAUUGGAGACAUUGAGCAGGUUGAUCAGCCAUCAUGGGAGGCUCCCAAUCAGGAGCCUGAAGAUGCACCAGAAGGACCACAAAUUGGAGACAUUGAGCAGGCCGAUCAGCCAUCAUUGGAGGCUCUCAAUCAGGAGCCUGAAGAUGCACCAGAAGGACCACAAAUGGGACACAUUGAACAGGCCAAUCAGGCACCACUGGAGGCUCUCAAUCAGGGGCCCGAAGAUGCACCAGAAGAACCACAAAUUGGAGACAUUGAGCAGGUUGAUCAGCCAUCAUGGGAGGCUCCCAAUCAGGAGCCUGAAGAUGCACCAGAAGGGCCACAAAUUGGAGACAUUGAGCAGGCCGAUCAGCCAUCAUUGGAGGCUCUCAAUCAGGAGCCUGAAGAUGCACCAGAAGGACCACAAAUGGGACACAUUGAACAGGCCAAUCAGGCACCACUGGAGGCUCUCAAUCAGGGGCCCGAAGAUGCACCAGAUGAACCACAAAUUGGAGACAUUGAGCAGGUUGAUCAGCCAUCAUUGGAGGCUCCCAAUCAGGAGCCUGAAGAUGCACCAGAAGGACCACAAAUGGGACACAUUGAACAGGCCAAUCAGGCACCACUGGAGGCUCUCAAUCAGGAGCCUGAAGAUGCACCAGAAGGACCACAAAUGGGACACAUUGAACAGGCCAAUCAGGCACCACUGGAGGCUCUCAAUCAGGGGCCCGAAGAUGCACCAGAUGAACCACAAAUUGGAGACAUUGAGCAGGUUGAUCAGCCAUCAUGGGAGGCUCCCAAUCAGGAGCCUGAAGAUGCACCAGAAGGACCACAAAUUGGAGACAUUGAGCAGGCCGAUCAGCCAUCAUUGGAGGCUCUCAAUCAGGAGCCUGAAGAUGCACCAGAAGGACCACAAAUGGGACACAUUGAACAGGCCAAUCAGGCACCACUGGAGGCUCUCAAUCAGGGGCCCGAAGAUGCACCAGAUGAACCACAAAUUGGAGACAUUGAGCAGGUUGAUCAGCCAUCAUGGGAGGCUCCCAAUCAGGAGCCUGAAGAUGCACCAGAAGGACCACAAGUUGGAGGCAUUGAGCAGGUUGAUCAGACAUCAUUGGGGGCUCUCAAUCAAGGGCCCGAAGACGCACCAGAAGGACCACAAAUUGGAGGCAUUGAGCAGGCCGAUCUGCCAUCAUUCGAGGCUCUUAAUCAGGGGCCCGAAGAUGCACCAGAAGAACCACAAGUUGGAGGCAUUGAGCAGGUUGAUCAGACAUCAUUGGGGGCUCUCAAUCAGGGGCCCGAAGAUGCACCAGAUGAACCACAAAUUGGAGACAUUGAGCAGGCCGAUCAGCCAUCAUUGGAGGCUCUCAAUCAGGAGCCUGAAGAUGCACCAGAAGGACCACAAAUGGGACACAUUGAACAGGCCAAUCAGGCACCACUGGAGGCUCUCAAUCAGGGGCCCGAAGAUGCACCAGAUGAACCACAAAUUGGAGACAUUGAGCAGGUUGAUCAGCCAUCAUUGGAGGCUCCCAAUCAGGAGCCUGAAGAUGCACCAGAAGGACCACAAAUGGGACACAUGGAACAGGCCAAUCAGGCACCACUGGAGGCUCUCAAUCAGGGGCCCGAAGAUGCACCAGAUGAACCACAAAUUGGAGACAUUGAGCAGGUUGAUCAGCCAUCAUUGGAGGCUCCCAAUCAGGAGUCUGAAGAUGCACCAGAAGGACCACAAAUGGGACACAUUGAACAGGCCAAUCAGGCACCACUGGAGGCUCUCAAUCAGGGGCCCGAAGAUGCACCAGAAGGACUACAAAUUGGAGGCAUUGAGCAGGCCGAUCUGCCAUCAUUCGAGGCUCUUAAUCAGGGGCCCGAAGAUGCACCAGAUGAACCAGAAAGCGGAGACGUUGAACAGGCCAAUCAGGCAUCAUUGGUGGCUCUCAAUCAGGGGCCCGAAGAUGCACCAGAAGAACGACAAGUUGGAGGCAUUGAGCAGUUUGAUCAGCCAUCAUUGGGGGCUCUCAAUCAGGGGCCCGAAGACGCACCAGAAGGACCACAAAUUGGAGGCAUUGAGCAGGCCGAUCUGCCAUCAUUCGAGGCUCUUAAUCAGGGGCCCGAAGAUGCACCAGAUGAACCAGAAAGCGGAGACGUUGAACAGGCCAAUCAGGCAUCAUUGGUGGCUCUCAAUCAGGGGCCCGAAGAUGCACCAGAAGAGCCACAAAUUGGAGACAUUGAGCAGGUUGAUCAGCCAUCAUUGGAGGCUCCCAAUCAGGAGCCUGAAUAUGCACCAGAAGGACCACAAAUGGGACACAUUGAACAGGCCAAUCAGGCAACUAUGGGGGCUCUCAAUCAGGGGCCCGAAGACGCACCAGAUGAACCACAAAUUGGAGACAUUGAGCAGGUUGAUCAGCCAUCAUUGGAGGCUCCCAAUCGGGAGCCUGAAGAUGCACCAGAAGGACCACAAAUGGGACACAUUGAACAGGCCAAUCAGGCACCACUGGAGGCUCUCAAUCAGGGGCCCGAAGAUGCACCAGAAGAACGACAAGUUGGAGGCAUUGAGCAGUUUGAUCAGCCAUCAUUGGGGGCUCUCAAUCAGGGGCCCGAAGACGCACCAGAAGGACCACAAAUUGGAGGCAUUGAGCAGGCCGAUCUGCCAUCAUUCGAGGCUCUUAAUCAGGGGCCCGAAUAUGCACCAGAAGAACCACAAGUGGGAGGCAUUGAGCAGGUUGAUCAGGCAACUAUGGGGGCUCUCAAUCAGGGGCCCGAAGACGCACCAGAUGAACCACAAAUUGGAGACAUUGAGCAGGUUGAUCAGCCAUCAUUGGAGGCUCCCAAUCAGGAGCCUGAAGAUGCACCAGAAGGACCACAAAUGGGACACAUUGAACAGGCCAAUCAGGCACCACUGGAGGCUCUCAAUCAGGGGCCCGAAGAUGCACCAGAAGGACUACAAAUUGGAGGCAUUGAGCAGGCCGAUCUGCCAUCAUUCGAGGCUCUUAAUCAGGGGCUCGAAGAUGCACCAGAAGAACCACAAGUGGGAGGCAUUGAGCAGGUUGAUCAGACAUCAUUGGGGGCUCUCAAUCAGGGGCCCGAAGAUGCACCAGAUGAACCACAAAUUGGAGACAUUGAGCAGGUUGAUCAGACAUCAUUGGGGGCUCUCAUUCAGGGGCCCGAAGAUGCACCAGAUGAACCACAAAUUGGAGACAUUGAGCAGGUUGAUCAGCCAUCAUUGGAGGCUCCCAAUCAGGAGCCUGAAUAUGCACCAGAAGGACCACAAAUGGGACACAUUGAACUGGCCAAUCAGGCACCACUGGAGGCUCUCAAUCAGGAGCCUGAAGAUGCACCAGAAGGACCACAAAUGGGACACAUUGAACAGGCCAAUCAGGCACCACUCGAGGCUCUCAAUCAGGGGCCCGAAGAUGCACCAGAAGAACCACAAAUUGGAGACAUUGAGCAGGUUGAUCAGCCAUCAUUGGAGGCUCCCAAUCAGGAGCCUGAAGAUGCACCAGAAGGACCACAAAUGGGACACAUUGAACAGGCCAAUCAGGCACCACUGGAGGCUCUCAAUCAGGAGCCUGAAGAUGCACCAGAAGGACCACAAAUGGGACACAUUGAACAGGCCAAUCAGGCACCACUGGAGGCUCUCAAUCAGGGGCCCGAAGAUGCACCAGAAGAACCACAAAUUGGAGACAUUGAGCAGGUUGAUCAGCCAUCAUUGGAGGCUCCCAAUCAGGAGCCUGAAGAUGCACCAGAAGGACCACAAAUGGGACACAUUGAACAGGCCAAUCAGGCACCACUGGAGGCUCUCAAUCAGGGGCCCGAAGAUGCACCAGAAGAACCACAAAUUGGAGACAUUGAGCAGGUUGAUCAGCCAUCAUUGGAGGCUCCCAAUCAGGAGCCUGAAGAUGCACCAGAAGGACCACAAAUGGGACACAUUGAACAGGCCAAUCAGGCACCACUGGAGGCUCUCAAUCAGGGGCCCGAAGAUGCACCAGAAGAACCACAAAUUGGAGACAUUGAGCAGGUUGAUCAGCCAUCAUUGGAGGCUCCCAAUCAGGAGCCUGAAGAUGCACCAGAAGGACCACAAAUGGGACACAUUGAACAGGCCAAUCAGGCACCACUGGAGGCUCUCAAUCAGGGGCCCGAAGAUGCACCAGAAGAACCACAAAUUGGAGACAUUGAGCAGGUUGAUCAGCCAUCAUUGGAGGCUCCCAAUCAGGAGCCUGAAGAUGCACCAGAAGGACCACAAAUGGGACACAUUGAACAGGCCAAUCAGGCACCACUGGAGGCUCUCAAUCAGGGGCCCGAAGAUGCACCAGAAGAACCACAAAUUGGAGACAUUGAGCAGGUUGAUCAGCCAUCAUGGGAGGCUCCCAAUCAGGAGCCUGAAGAUGCACCAGAAGGACCACAAAUGGGACACAUUGAACAGGCCAAUCAGGCACCACUGGAGGCUCUCAAUCAGGGGCCCGAAGAUGCACCAGAAGAACCACAAAUUGGAGACAUUGAGCAGGUUGAUCAGCCAUCAUUGGAGGCUCCCAAUCAGGAGCCUGAAGAUGCACCAGAAGGACCACAAAUGGGACACAUUGAACAGGCCAAUCAGGCACCACUGGAGGCUCUCAAUCAGGGGCCCGAAGAUGCACCAGAAGGACUACAAAUUGGAGGCAUUGAGCAGGCCGAUCUGCCAUCAUUCGAGGCUCUUAAUCAGGGGCCCGAAGAUGCACCAGAAGAACCACAAGUGGGAGGCAUUGAGCAGGUUGAUCAGACAUCAUUGGGGGCUCUCAAUCAGGGGCCCGAAGAUGCACCAGAUGAACCACAAAUUGGAGACAUUGAGCAGGUUGAUCAGACAUCAUUGGGGGCUCUCAUUCAGGGGCCCGAAGAUGCACCAGAUGAACCACAAAUUGGAGACAUUGAGCAGGUUGAUCAGCCAUCAUUGGAGGCUCCCAAUCAGGAGCCUGAAUAUGCACCAGAAGGACCACAAAUGGGACACAUUGAACUGGCCAAUCAGGCACCACUGGAGGCUCUCAAUCAGGAGCCUGAAGAUGCACCAGAAGGACCACAAAUGGGACACAUUGAACAGGCCAAUCAGGCACCACUGGAGGCUCUCAAUCAGGGGCCCGAAGAUGCACCAGAAGAACCACAAAUUGGAGACAUUGAGCAGGUUGAUCAGCCAUCAUUGGAGGCUCCCAAUCAGGAGCCUGAAGAUGCACCAGAAGGACCACAAAUGGGACACAUUGAACAGGCCAAUCAGGCACCACUGGAGGCUCUCAAUCAGGAGCCUGAAGAUGCACCAGAAGGACCACAAAUGGGACACAUUGAACAGGCCAAUCAGGCACCACUGGAGGCUCUCAAUCAGGGGCCCGAAGAUGCACCAGAUGAACCAGAAAGCGGAGACGUUGAACAGGCCAAUCAGCCAUCAUUGGAGGCUCCCAAUCAGGAGCCUGAAGAUGCACCAGAAGGACCACAAAUGGGACACAUUGAACAGGCCAAUCAGGCACCACUGGAGGCUCUCAAUCAGGGGCCCGAAGAUGCACCAGAAGGACUACAAAUUGGAGGCAUUGAGCAGGCCGAUCUGCCAUCAUUCGAGGCUCCCAAUCAAAGCGGCGACACUCAGCAGCCAAAUCAGAAACCGCCAGGGGAUUCCAGUGGCCAGUGGCCCAAAGAUAUACAGGGAAGGCGUGAAUCCUCUGAUGGGUCGGGUUCUAAGGAUGCAAACCAGUGGCUCUAUACACAUGACGACCCCGAAUUGUGCGACAUUAAGAAGUACGGUGGGGAACAGGAGCAGGAGAAUGCUUCCUCAACUGUAGGGGUAAAUGCGAAAGACAAAGCUAUUAGCCAUGAGAAUGCGGGGGAUGUGCCUCUGUUCGAAGAUCACAAGAAGAUGCCGGACGCUGCAUCCACAACAACAUCGGAGGAUCUCCAGGAUUUCAUAGAAGUGAUGAAUGAUGGGCCCGUGGAUUUGCCAUUAGAGGAUCUCAAUCAAUAUCAAUCCAUUGAAAAAAAACUAUCAGACGCAGAAGAAGGAGAAGUUUGUAACGAUUCGGAUGUGAAAAUACCAACCCAGGGUGUCCAGAAACCACAAGAAUACAGUGAUUGCGAAGAAGGAGAAGUUCUUACCGAUGACAAUGACGAUGAUGCUUCAUUCUACAAUUCCGGCAAAAAGGACAUCCGUCAUUCGUCGCCGUUUCCCAAGGAAAACAACUAUCGGAUGUUUGAGAAGAAGCAGAUGCCAAUGCCGAAGCUCAAUGGUGCGAGCAAUUACUUGAUGGGACUACAAAAAAUGCCUCAUGCCUUCAUCCCUGGAAUGCAGCAGCCGGAUGCAGAUCCAUUCUACUCACAGGCCAAGCCACAUAUGAGGAUUGGUCCCCUGCUACCGACACCAUUGUUCAUCAAGUCAUUGCCAUUCGACUUGGCAGAGGCUCCCAAUCGGAAUGAGACGUAUACGCGCAAGACCACGGAAAUUGUUGGGGCACCGAUCUCGUGGCACAGCGAAGGAGGCGACCCCACGAAGGAGGCCGAGGGUUCGUCGUCCCUCACGAAUUCUGGAAAGAAUUCCAUCUCUGGGGGCUCAUCGCCACGCACUCGAAAGAGAAACCGCUCGCCGCCAAUCACAUUGAAGAGAUCCCGCUCCAGCCCUCCCAUACGUCGUCGCUCCCGCAGCCCUCCCAUUAGCCGUCGCUCCCGUAGUCCUUACGUGCGCCGUCGCUCGCCCAGUCCUUUGGCACGCCGUCGCUCCCGCAGUCCUCCCACACGCCGUCGUUCGCCCCAUGCUUCUAAACAAUCCCGAGGCUUGGUCCGUCCACUGCCCAUGGCACCGCGAAAGCGAAAGAUCAGCACCUCAUCGAGCAACUCAUACAAUGCCUCAGAGGAUUCAGCAUCUUCGAGCGAUUCGAGCUUCAAGCGUGCUUUACGGCGUGCGAAGACACCUAAAAAAGGGCCGAAAACCCCACCAGAUUCCCCGCCACCCGAAGACCCAUCAAAGUCUCGAAAGAAGUUCUUACAAAACGAGCUUUUGCGUUUGAAUGAAAAAAUUGAGGCAGUGAAAAAGUUGCGACAAAUGAAGUUGAUGAAACUAACAUCUAAUUUAGAUCCCAGAUUCAAAAGCUAA